AUGUUCAUUCGAACCGUACUUGUCGCUAUACUUGCUCUAGACAUCAAAGCGCAAAUCACGCUUACAGGAUGUCACUUACACGACGGACAAGAAGUCUGUCUUCUGCCCGGAGGAGCAGAAACGACCAUAGGCUCACCUGAUGGUGUAGCAUUGGAGACAACCAUUCCAACAUCUACAGCACCUCCAACGGUUGCUGCUAGCACCACAACUUCCGCGCAAACGACUGCUAUAACGGGUUGCCAUAUGCACGAAACCACGCAAUUUUGUGUCAAGGGUAAUGGCGAAGAAGUACGAGUGCUUGUAACAGCGACCGGAAAUACACCUCUACCGACUGCUUACACCGGGUGCCAUUCACGUGACACUGAAAUGUUCUGCAUGACUCCAGAUGGACAGGAGGUUGAAGUUGUUGCGGAGAGUGCCGAAGCAUCUGAUGAACACUCUGAACAUUCGGAGCACUCAGAUGGAGAAAAUUGCCACUUCCAUGCUGGCGUUGAACAUUGCGUUGGCGGUUCCACCGCGAGCUGCGAAAGAAAGGAAAGAGACUACAAUAUUAAUCUUCGAGUUGGACUCUUGUUUGUGAUUCUUGCUACUAGCGGUUUUGCCGUUUAUGCGCCGAUGCUUUUGAAGAAGCUCCUGAAAGUCGACGUUUCGGGCAUGAUAUUUACCAUAAUCAAACAAUUUGGCACGGGUGUGAUUAUUGCGACAGGAUUUGUCCACCUCCUUACGCAUGCAGAACUCAUGUUCGGUAACGAGUGCCUUGGUGAACUCAAGUACGAAGCUACUGCAACAUCAAUUGCAAUGGCUGGCGCUUUCCUCGCCUUCUUGGUCGAUUAUGUAUCUCAUCGUCUCGCACACUGGCGACGCUCAAAAACAACAGUCUCCGAAAUAGAACACCAUGAUUCUGCGCCCGGAACCCCAGAUAAAAUGGAAGGGAUUCUAUCCUCUCCACCCCUAGCAAACAUAUCAAACCAUCACCACAACCAUGCGUUCGGAACACCCGCCAACGAUGCGACCUCAGUACUAGUGCUGGAAGCUGGGAUUAUUUUCCAUUCCCUCUUACUGGGUAUCACACUUGUAGUUGCUGGAGACUCGGUGUUCAUCACGCUCUUUGUCGUCGUCGUUUUUCAUCAAAUGUUUGAAGGUCUAGCGCUCGGCGCUCGCAUUGCUGCCAUCGACACGACUACCUCUUCCCGUCUGAGGAAUACAAAGUUUCUGUUCCUGCCUCUGGCUUUCGCUUUAGUAACGCCAACUGGUAUGGCUAUCGGUAUUGGAGUUCUCAACACUUUCAACGGCAAUGAUCCUAGCACCAUCGUUGCUCUGGGUACACUUGACAGUUUGAGCGCAGGUAUAUUACUAUGGGUUGGGUUUGUGGAUAUGUGGGCUGGAGAUUGGUUGUUUGGAGAUUUGAGGGAAGCUUCACUUUUGAAAACCCUGGGUGCACUCAUAGCUUUGAUAACUGGGAUGAUUUUGAUGGGACUCUUGGGUAAAUGGGCAUGA